UGCUGAAGCCAAGGCCGGGCUCGGCGUGGGGGGAACUUGGCGCCAGGCCCAGCCAUGCCUGCGGGGGCCCCGUGCAGCCUUUUCUUCGCCUCUGUCCUCUUGCUGAGGGCAUGCGCCCAGAGCUUCGGCCAGACGCGCUUCAUCUGCACCUCGGUGCCGGUGGAUAUGGACAUGUGCACCUCCUCCCUGCCGAGCAGCGGCACCGCCGAGGAGCUGCAGACCACCGUCCUGCAGCUCCGGGAGACAGUGCUCCAGCAAAGGGAGACCAUCAUGAACCACAAAGAGACCAUCCGGGAGCUGACCACCAAGCUGGGCCGGUGUGAGAGCCAGAGCCUGCCGGAGGCGGGCCCCAGCGAGUCCAAGACGGGCGGGGGAUCCAGCCGCAAACAGCCCGGCUCGUCCAAAAACACCAUGGGGGAUCUGUCCCGGGCGCCAGCGGCUGAGACCUUGAGCCAACUUGGGCAAACUUUGCAGUCACUUAAGACAAGGCUAGAAAACCUAGAGCAGUUUAGUAGGAUCAACUCGUCAGGCCAGACCAACCACCUGAAGGAUAUACUCCAGAAUAAAAUAGAUGACUUGGAGAAGCAAGUUCUGUCAAGAGUGAAUAGCCUGGAGGAAGGAAAGUUAAAUCCCAAGAACGAGUCCGAGGAAAGAAGCAAAAUCGAGAGCACGCUAACUUCCCUGCACCAGAGGAUCAGUGACUUGGAGAAAGGGCAGAAAGACAACCGGCCGACCGACAAGUUCCAGCUGACCUUCCCGCUGCGGACGAACUACAUGUACGCCAAGGUGAAGAAGAGCCUCCCCGAGAUGUACGCCUUCUCCGUGGGCAUGUGGAUCAAGUCCAACGCCUCGCCCGGGGUGGGGACGCCCUUCUCCUACGCGGUGCCGGGCCAGGCCAACGAGCUGGUGCUCAUCGAGUGGGGCAACAACCCCAUGGAGAUCCUCAUUAACGACAAGGUCGCUAAGCUCCCGUUCGUCAUUAACGAUGGGAAGUGGCACCAUAUCUGCAUCACCUGGACCACGCGGGACGGCGUGUGGGAGGCCUACCAGGACGGCACGCAGGGGGGCCACGGAGAGAACCUGGCUCCCUAUCACCCCAUCAAACCGCAGGGGGUCUUGGUCCUGGGUCAGGAGCAGGACACGCUGGGCGGGGGGUUUGACGCCACCCAAGCGUUCGUGGGCGAACUGGCCCAUUUCAACAUCUGGGACCGGAAGCUCAGCCCCGGGGAGAUCUACAAGCUGGCCACGUGCAGCACCAAAGCCCCCGCCGGCAACGUCAUCGCCUGGUCCGAGACCAACAUCGACAUCUACGGGGGAGCCACCAAGUGGACUUUCGAAGCUUGUCGCCAGCUCAACUAGCGGCUAGUGGCUGGAGCGCAGCCCCCUCCCCGGAAGGAAUCCAGGACUAAAGUCUGUCUCCCCUCCCCCGUCUGUCUGUCUGUGCAAAGCAAACCCAGCAAAGCAACAGGGCAGGGGCAUUGCCCGCUCGGGCCGGGGGGCCGGGCCCCGGGCAGCGCCGAACUGCGCAACUGGCGAGUAGGUGAGAGGGUUGGUUCGUUCUUCUUCGCUUUUUCUCUGGAGCGCGGCGGCCCCGUUCCCAGCUCCCCUGAACCGGCUCAUUUCUGUCUUGCCAACUUCCUUUGAAGCCUGCGUGCCUUGGGCUGGUGCAGCUCCUUAGCACAUCUGUCUUCAUUUGCAUCCUCGCUCGGGAGAGCGCGCUGUCCCUGCUCUCCUCCACCGCUCCCCAGCGCCGCGCCUUCCCUGGGAGCCAAGCGGAGGGCAUGUCCACCCCAGGAAAUGGCGCGUGGGGUGUGUGACCCUAGGGGGGGGGCGCUGAGUUCUUGGGGCCAUUCGUACCCGCACGCCCCCAUCCCCCGAGCACCUUGGCAGUGGGCCGGAGCACUAGGCGGGCCUGACUUUGCUUUGGGGGGGUGGGGCUGACUCAGGAGCCUCCGAUCCCCGGUUACUUUGGGGGGGGGGGGGGCUCCUUCAGUCUUUCAGUGCCAGGGCGUGACUCCUAUUUACUUGGACUGGCUCUCCAGGAGCAUAGGAGAAAGAUUUCCCCCCCCCCCCCACACACACACUUCCCCACCCCUCCUUCCCUUAUUGGGCUAGGAAGCGGAGCCGCAAACCCGGGCAGAGCUCAGACCCCCUUUCCUCGCGGGGUAGGGGGACCUGCUUUCUUUUCAAACCCCUCCGAGUCCCCAGACUCCUUUCUUCUCCACCCUGACCCCCGCCCCCAUUCAACGUUUGGCUAGCAGGGGCGUUUCUUGGCCAGUAACAGCCCUGCCCUUGUGUCCUAGGAAUGGGGGUUUGUGGCCAGGAGACCCCCGCCCAGGAGCCAUGUGGGAUCCUGCUCGGGCUCUGACUUGCUGAAGCCGGCGCACCCUGGGGCCCCUGCUGGUUUGCUGGCCAGUGAUUUAUCGUCAGCUCAGCCUAGGUCUCUUCCUCGGCCGCAAAGCGUCCAUCCGCGGGACGCAGAGACCCGAAGGGCUAAGGGGAGCUGUGGGAGUGGGGGCAAAGCAGGAGAUUUGAAUCCUCCGGCCACAGCAGGGGCCCGGACUCUAGUCAAGCACUUCUUCCCAGACCCGACCUGGCCCAGCCGCAGCCACCCCUCUCCAGCCGGGCGAGGCGGGUUAGGUCUCGCCUGGGUCUGCGCCCGGCCGCUCUUGUCCCACGUUUACUUGUCCCAGGGGCUGUUUAUGGAACUUUCUACGGGGCCGGCCCAGCCCCCCCGCCCUUUGCGGCACCCCUGGCAGUGGCUUCCCGCAGAGGCGGCGGCGGGGGGAGCUGGCUUCGUCUCCGUUACCGAGCCUGGACUCGCCUGCUUGCAUGGGCUGCUGCAGGCUGGGGUCUGCCCGAGCGAUGUUCAUGCCAUAGGAUGUCCUGGGGGCACAUUCCCAGCAGGAGGGUGGGUGAUGCGGCAGCGUUAGCCCUCCCCGGCGCCCCCACCCCGCUCCCCGGCGCCCCCUCCCCCUCCAGCUAAACUGCUGCAGGCGUUAGUCUUUAAAACACAUUCAAGUCCCGCUGGCCUUCAAACCAGCAGCCCUGCGACUUCUAGGAGCUGUCCCUUCAGCACCACGGCGCCCCCCCCCCCCAGCUGUCCCUUCAGCACCACGCCUGCCUCCAUCCAGAGCUCGGGCUCGCUGGGAGCUGUCCAUCCAGCACCAGGCUACCCCGCCCCCACGCCCCGGCGAGCUCGGGGCCUGGAGUCACCCGGCCCUUUCCCUCCUUGGGCGCCCCUCAUGCCCGAACCCUUUCAAGAAGGGAGAGAGGACGAAGAUCCUCCAUGCCCCUGCUGUUCCCUGGUGCACUGACUGAACCACGCCUCUCUCAGGUAAUGUCCUUUUAUAAAAUCCGAAGCACUGCAGAAGCAGUGUCUGUUUUGCCUAGCUACACAGGCACCCUAAGUGUGACAGCUGUCAAAUAGCCUUUACUGUCCCUUGAAAGUUUAGCGCCCAUUUCAAUCUUCAGCCUUUCUGCUUUUGAUAACACAGGAUAUUAUUUAUCUUAUUGUAAAAGGAAGUUUAUUACCAAUAAAAGGUAUUUUUAUGAAGGAGAAAAAAUAAAAGAAUAUAAAAUUAACUGAGCGUCCCUGAAAAAUACUUUAAGACUCCACAGGGUGUGAUAAAGAGAAGCUUAUUUUGAAAUAAUAGAUACAUUUUGUAUGGUUUCCUUUGAAAACUCCUGGUCUGCAGGAGAUCACCCCCUCGCCCGCUUCUGACCCCCAUCUGCGGUGGUAGAGUUGGGUGAGGCAGAGAGAAUUCCCAUGAGGCUGAACCAGCCUUUAUGACAAACUCCAAAGAUGUGGCAAAUAAAUAUGCAACGUGGACGGACAUGGACUAAGCAGUUCAAGGUUGAUCCUGCGCUCCAGGGCUGAUCCUAGUCAAGCCAUGAGAGAGCUGGUCACAUGACCAGCCGUUUUAAAACACAGCAUUGAGAUGCAGAGAAAUCACCAUCCCCAAAACAAAUCCCGUUACCUUGAUACCAAAACGUGGCUCAAGGCAGCAUAUUUUAACUGUGCUCUUAAAAAAACACACAUUGUAAGUUCAGUUUGUUGAGGUAUUGAUUGGAAACUGUUGGCUUCAGCUAUCAGCAGCUUAAGCACAAUUUGCUGAGGGGAAAAACUGAUAAUUGGAAAAAAUAAAUCUACAGUCCUAAUUGCAUCGGAUUUGCCAAAAAGAGUGAUAUUAUGUAUAUACUGUACAGAAUGGUAGAAAAUAAAUAUAUCUUCAUUUGUCAUUAUUUUGCUAACCAAAGCUGUAAAUUUUUCCUAUGACUUGCUAUCGGUCUUUUUUGGGUUUUGAAUGGGGUAUUAAUAUAUCACACAGCCACCAUCCACAUCAGCAGUUCUGGAAAUGCACUGUUUCUACUGGUAUUCAUGCUUUUUUCAUUUUAUUGCUGAAAUUACAUGAAUUGUUGAGUUUAUUUUUACACAAUAAAGAGUGAAGAAAGACA